GCAACCGCGCGAAAUUUUGCUUCUGGUUCCGGAGCCUCCUGACUUGAAGGAGCUCGAGCACUCCGUGGAUUCCCUUUCUCAAAUGGGGGCCUUGACCGGUAUUGGCGACGAUGCAGACCCGACCAUUCUCGCGCACCUCAUGAUAGCGCUGCCGAUUGAUGCGCGGCUGUGCCGGCUGAUCGUGGACGGGGCUCUUUUCGGCUGUUUGCCAGACGCUCUACUUGUGGUUGUGGGCCUAUCGCAGCCGGAGCCGUUCUCGCAGCCGUCACACCUUGUCAUUAAAGACGAUGCGGAACUUGGAAAGCGUAACCGCGCCUCCGCAACAGUGCGAAGAAUAUUUGACGCAGGGGCGUGCUCCGAGCCGCUCAUGCUGCGGAACCUGCUAGCUGAGUGGCUGGUGCAGUUCGCGCGGUACAAAGUCGCAGAGGCCGAUCGAAUCAAGGAGCAGCUGCGUAUCAAUGAGGAACACCUGCUGAAAGAAAACCAGAAGCAGGGCCGUCUGUAUUCUGAAAUGCAUGGGCGUUGGAAACGAGCAUCGAAAAGCUCGCUGCAGAAAGCAACAAGCGAUCUCACGUACGAAGAUGUACACGAGGAGCCGGUGAGCCAAGAUGGACACCACGGUAGUAGCAGCUCUACUGACAGCGGCACGGGAGUGGUAGUAGGUGUAACAGAGGUCCCCGUGGAAGAGACACCUGCACAGAACUCCGGAAUUUUGCAGCAAGUCUCUUCAGUAGCUGAGAAGGUGCGCGUGUCUGUUUUCGGAAAGGCCGGAUCCGGCGGUCGCGCAUCUCGCGCUUCUGAGGGUGAAGCUGGUCGUCCGGCAGCUGGGGAAGCGUUCAUAGGCUGGUACACGGACGCAGAAUGGAAGAUGCUCGAGAAAGCAUACGCCGACUCGCUGGAGGAAGUUGCGAGGUUGAGAGCCGAGCGCCGCAAGCUGCUGCAGCCGCACACGCAGUACAGCUUGUUCUGGCAGUUUUCCAAGCGCUUUGCGAGUCAGUAUGCUGGUGCCAUUGUGCCAAAGAAGUUGGUUGUGCUCCUGGUGAAGCUCGUCGAGCUUUUGGAUCGGAUCGAACCCUUUCUGCACGCGGAGUCGGAGAUGUUUCUCCAAGUGGAGGUUUUGCGAGCAGUGCUGAACCCGGAAUUAGUGAGCGUAGGGGAAAGAAACACCGCAACGCAUAUCGGCUCGUUGUUUGCCGCGCCCGUCGAAGUCCUCCUGACUGUCCUUACGGCGACGUUUAGUCCGAACUUCCUCAUCGGGCGACCAAAACAGGGGGCAGCAAACCCGGGGGGCAAAGAGAUGCAGCGGCUCGUUGCCAUGCACCAAGUGGAUCCGCGUCGCGCCGUCACACUCCCGAUCGAAAUGCCGAGAGAGCUUGUCGCGGCAGACAAGUGGAAAAGCGUUCUUCGAGACGAAGUGUUGGGCUCCGUCGCAAAGGAUUGUGAGGUCCAGAAGCUCGUUUUCGAUGCCGACAACUCCCAGAAGGGAGGGCAGAAAGGCCGGAAGGGCUUCGGUAAACAGAACGGCGAGACCGUGCAGGGGCGCGUUCAUAUUGUUUUCGCGGAGACCAAGUCUGACAAAGCAACCGACGAGGACUGCUCGACGUCUUGUGCUCGACGGGACCGCGGAGCAGGAGGCCCGAACAUGCCAACCUUGGGGACAGUCGCGGACCACGGGCAACAGGAUCCCGAAGUAGGUGCGUUGUCAGCGGAAGUGAAACAGGCGUACAGUGGCGUCAAAUCGAAGUUGCGGUUCUUACCGGAAGGGUGCCAGUUACUCGAGCUGUACGCCAGCGGUCGUGCGGGAAAUGCGCAAGUACGGUUUCCCCUGAACUGCAAGCGGGGCGAGGCGAGUGGUCUCAGCGCAAACUUAGCGAUACUGAGCAAUGCGACAAAGGACGAGUAUCAGGAAAUCGUGCUCGGACGGCCGACCAGCAGCUUGAAGAUUCAGUGGGAGCUCUUCGCACCCGAGGACAUGCUGUCGACGGCGGAAAAUGCAGCGAACCAGAAGGAGUUGAAUCGAGGUUCGGCUGCUUUCAGAAAGGCUCUCGCUUGUGCACAGCAAAGGAAUUCUUCUGCAGACCGGAAUGAUAUUUUCUCCAGCGCACGACCACUUGCGGCAUAUUCACCAUUCGACCUAGGAGACGCGCUGGUUUGCAAGCAGCAAGUCAGGCGUGUGGCGUAUUGUGCUUCCAACAAAAAUCCGUGCGCGAUGGCAGUUGCGACGGGAUUCGACCAGUGCCUCACGGAGGCUCUGGAUAAAGCUCUCGGGUCAAACGAUGUCGCUGCGUGGACGAACGCCUCGCUGCUGCGUAGCGCAGAAGCCAAACCGAAGCCGGGCGUUCUUGUGGGGGUCUUUGCUAGUAGAGUGGUACAAAAUACACAAGAAGUGACGAAGAAAGACGUCUUCGGUCUUAUGGGACCGCAAGCGAUUGAAAACAGCCGCGUGGAAGGCGUCACGUUGCUUGCCGACGAGGACAGUUUACUUGCCACCAAGCUGUGUUUGUGUUUUGCCCCGCAGGAGUACAGCUUGGCAGUCGAUUUCGAAUUAGCGACAGGUGCGAUCACGCGACUUCGGCUCGGCGAUCUUUCACUGAGCGGGGAGCUACCGCUCAGGUGCUGCGACGCGGAAAAGAGAGUGGUUGAUCAAAUCUCUCUGCAAACCAUCAUGAAAGCCAACGCGGUGCGUGCGGC